AUGCUCUACGACCUCAACAUCGUCUGGACGCCCCAGACUACGCAGGCCGGCCUAGAGCGUACUCUCAGGUUCAGCCAUUCGCUCGGAUACAACGUCGUCGCCCUCAACCACAUCCUAGAGCCGCCGAUCCCAGCACAAGUCACCAACCCUAUACCACAGAUAGGCCCAGUCCACUCGUCCUUCCCUCAACUACCACCAAUCGCCGCCUCCACCAACGACCCCUCUUCAGCUCCUCCCACCACCACCUCCUCUACCAAACCUCUCCCCACCGUCCUCCGCCGCGCCACUCUCCUCGUCUCCGACCCAGCAGCCAACCACCGCCUCCCCCUCCUCGUCCAAACCUAUUCCCUCCUCGCCGCCCGCCCCCUCACCGAGCGCGCCUUCGCCGCCCUCACGACCGGCACCUCCUUCUCAGAGGUCAGCCUCAUCUCCCUCGACCUGUCCGUCUCCCAGCCCUUCCGCUUCCGCCCAAAACCCUGCAUGGCCGCCGUCAACCGCGGCGUGCUGUUCGAGGUGUGCUACGGCCAGCUGCUCCUGGCCGGCGGCACCGGGGGCGACGCGCCGUCCGCCCGCGCUCGCGCCACCUUCAUCGCCAACGUCCUGGAGCUCGUGCGCGCCACCAAGGGCCGCGGGAUCGUGCUGAGCAGCGAGUGCAGGGCCGCGGGGGGCGGCGGUGCGCUGCGGGCGCCGGCGGAUGUGGUGAACCUUCUUGCGUGCUGGGGGUUGGGGCCGGAGAGGGGGCUGGAGGGGCUGGGGGUGAACCCAAGGUCGGUGGUGGUGAACGAGGGCCUGAAGAGGAGGAGUUUUCGAGGGGUGGUGGAUAUUGUGAGCGCAGAGGGGAGGGUGCCGGGGGCCAGGCCACGGGCCGAGAAGAGCAAUGGCGAUGGCGAUGGGGAGGAGGGCUCGAACAACAAGAAGACGGCCAAGAAGAAGAAGGGAGGGGGUGAACAGCAGCAAAACACCCAGCAGCAGCAGCAGCAGGGAAAGAGGAAACAUGAUGGCGGGAGUGACGCUGGGGUCGCAGGAGACCAGGCCCUACCGGUCAUGAGCAAGAGGCAGGCUAAGAAGAUGAAGCUGGCCGGGAAGAAAGAAUCUGCAACGGCGCCAGAGGGCUCGGUGUAA